UCAACAUAUAUAUAUAUAAAAAAAAAUGCUGUAUUGCCACACACCCUCCUAUAAAAAUGGAUGGCCGCAGUGUUUUUUUUUUUUUUUUCUCCAGAAAUUUUAUUUUGAAAUCCUUAACGGAUAUACUUUUGUUGCAUUGUGGGAGACUUGACGCAACUGUUGGCGCUAGCUUUGGACCGACAGUUGGCAGAAACUUUCGUCCGACGUGAAGAUACAAAUGUUUUAAUGAAAUCAUGACACAAAUUCGAGCAUUUUUACAGGUAGUAUAUUUGUCAGACUGUAUUCUGGCACGGUGAUUGUGUCACUUGUUGUUUGAGAACCCCGUACCAGCUACGUUAGCUAGUUAGCUUCAGCAAGCUAAUAUAAACAUUGACAAGCUAACGUAGCUACGUGGCUAGCUAACUCUACCUCAGCUCACAUCACCUUUUUUUGUGUUUCAAUUGUAAUGGAUGAGGAUUUUCUGCUCGCAAUUCGGCUUCAGGAGCAGUUUGACAAUGAAUACGAGACCUCAUCCUAUUCAUCAAACAGCUUUGUGGACAAUGGCUUCGGACAAAGCAGUAAGAAACGGAAAGUGGAGGUAGCUGGAGGUGGCAGCGAUGUUGUGCCCUACUGGAAGCCGACUGUCCGGCCCGACAGGCCGCUGUCCAUCGUGGACGCAUCCUGGGAGACGCUGGACCCCAGUCCCGAUGUCAGAGCCAUGUUUCUGGAGUUCAAUGACACAUUCUUCUGGGGGAAACUCAGCGGUGUGGAGGUUAAGUGGAGCCCAAGAAUGACACUGUGUGCUGGUGUGUGUUCUUAUGAGGGCCGAGGUGGUCUGUGUUCAAUCAGACUCAGUGAGCCUCUGCUGAAGCUUAGACCAAGAAAAGACCUGGUGGAGACUCUCCUCCAUGAAAUGAUUCACGCGCUGCUGUUUGUGACCCAGAACAACCGAGACAGAGACGGUCAUGGCCCUGAGUUCUGCAAACACAUGAACCGGAUCAACAGUGCCAGUGGGACAAAAAUAUCUAUCUAUCACAGUUUCCAUGAUGAGGUCGACGUGUACCGGCAGCACUGGUGGAAAUGCAACGGGCCCUGUCAAAACCGCAAGCCCUAUUUUGGCUUUGUGAAGAGGGCCAUGAACCGGGCUCCAUCUGCUCAGGAUCCCUGGUGGGAGGACCACAAGAGGACGUGUGGAGGGACCUACACCAAGGUCAAGGAGCCUGAAGGAUACGGCAAAAAAGGCAAGAAGGACGGUAAAAAGGAUGGGAAGACCUCUGAGAAGAAGGCCUCAGAGAAGAAGGACUCAGGAAAUGGAAAGCCUUCAAGUACAACUACAGGUUCUGGCUCACAGGACAUAAGGAACAUUAUCCCAUUCAGUGGCAAAGGAUUCCUACUCGGAGGGAUGAUACAGUCCUCCGCGUCUUCCUCCCCAUCUCACACACCAGAAGUGCCUUCCUCUCCAAAGAAACUCUUCACCCCUUCAUCUCCGGCUAAAACUCUCAAUUCUCCGGUUCGCUCAGGCCUUAAUAACAGAGCAAUCUCUAGCGCCUUUCCCUCCAUCAGACCAGCUACCUCCAUGGGCCAGAAGCAACCUACGAAGAGGUCUGUCGGUAACACAAGAGCUUUUGUCAACAUCAACGGCUCGCCAGUGAGAAUCCCCAAACCGCACAGCAGCAGCCGUAGCCAAGAAGCAAAUACAACCAAGCAGAAGUCCAUUGAAGACCUCUUCAACAGCUUCAGCAGGGCAGCAAGUCAGUCCUCCGCCUCAGACACAGAAACUAAAAGAGAUUCACGGACAUCACCGAACAGUACGACGAGCGCUACCUCUGCGUCUUCCAUCUUUCGGAAACAGCAAAAUAACCACCCAGCCUCCUCCUCUCCCAGAACAUCUAUGCCCAGUCCUAGUGAAUCCAGCCACGCUGUAGUUUCAACAGGAACCAAAGGAAGCCCUGCUAAACCAACACUGUCCACGUAUUUCGGUCAUUCUAACAGCGACAGAACAUCAGGAGCUGCUGGUGGGGGUCAGGUAUCGAGGAAGAGGCCGUGGGAUGACAGCAGAAGCUCGUCCAGCAUCAUUGACUUCUUCCAGAAGACAUCAGGCAGCGAUUCAGCAGCAUCAAGGGGGUCGGUGAAGACAAAAUCGCCCGCAAUGCAGCAAAGGACUGCAACUGCCACCGCCUCGUCUUUAUCUUCCUCUUCAUCCUCCCCCCAUUCCUCGGCAGGGCUGAAUAGUUUUACCCCCUCCUCUUCCUCGUCUUCCUCCUCCGCGCUGAUGGUCAGCUGUCCUGCGUGCCAAGCAAAGGUGCAGGAGUCAAAGAUCAAUGAGCAUCUUGAUUCCUGCCUCUCCUGAAUGAGGAGGAGCAGAUUGUAGACACUGACACUUUAAAAACGUUCAGGGAAGUUUCAGAGAGUUCGCUGUGUUGAGUUUUAGUGAUUUGAUCUGACGUUGGACCAGAUCUCUUUUUUUUAAGUUUCUCAAUUUGACUUUUAGAUGUUGGAUUUUAGGGAAAUUACUCCCACUUUUCAUUUGAAAAGAAUGGUCGGGCGCAGUUUUACUACCAGAUUGGAUUGACUACCUUACUGUAAUAAUGACGAUUCUUCUCUCACUAGUGCCUGUCUGACAGUUUGUGCCUUGGUGUACUAGAGAACAGCAGGGUUUAACAGAUAAUGUAAGUCAUUCACUUUUUACUUAAAUUAAUUAUGUCUUUUUCAUCGGGACAAAACUCAAAAUUCCAGUAAAUUCUGUCUGGUGGCGAGGACAAGUUUGUGUGUUGUACCGGUAACUGAAGCAUUCUUGUUUUAACUGCGUUGAAUAUUUUAAGGAUGACAUUCAGUUGUUCCACUGUGUGUACAACCUGCAUGUCUGGGGGCUCUGGGCUCUGGUCUCCUUCACGUUAGACAUGCCUAUAUUUGAUGAGUGUUAGUUUGAUCGAUAUGAUGUGAAAGCAGAUCAGUUCUGGUUUGAAUCCAGAAGAUGAUGUGUUCUGUGUAGAAAGGUUACUUUAGCCUCCUCUAGGGGCGGAUGCGUUGGCUGCUUCCUGUGGUCUGAUGUAAUUCUCCACCUCAAAUCUGCAUCUGCUGCCCUCCAGACAGCAGCAGGAGACACAGACUGACCUCCGCUGAUGUGGGGGAAUCAGAUUUCAAGCUCGCCAGCUAUUUAUUUCAGCAAGUCUUCACAUUUGCACUGCAGUUUCAGGAAGUGCACGGGUAUCUGAUUGGGUCUAGUCAUUCAAUACUGAUGUACUUCAUCAAUCAGAUCUAUAGUAGAGAAACUGAGGAUGGGUUACAUGCUUUCGUUGACAUUACUGUAUUUUUAGCAAAAUGUCUCGAGUUCAAAAUGCUAAUUUUGCUGCUACAACAUGAGAAUCUUAUAUCUGUGUGUUCCACCUUUUAUAUGUUAAUGCUAAUUGUGUAUUUAGGCCUCUGUGUGUGUGUGUGUGUGUGUGUGUGUGUGUGUGUGUGUGUGUGUGUGUGUGUGUGUGUGUGUGUGUGUGUGUUCUUUUUUAUGGAAAUUGUUAAAUACGUUUACAUUGUGUUGCCAAAUAAAACAUUUGUACUGUUCUAUUUA